CUGCUGGCGAUUUGUUUUCCACAGCCAGCACAAACUCCCCCUUCCCUUUUCGCCGUGCUUCUUUUUCCUCUUUCCUCCUUUGGAUUUCUGCUCUUGCCUCCUUCAAAAGGAAAAGAAAAGCAACCUACUUUCGCGGCAUAGUUCUUUUGGAAAGAUAGAAGGUACGUGUCCUGUCGUUGGCCGUUAACGCAGGAGACCGCCACCUCUUUGCCGAUUGUUAAUAGCACGGCGGCCGCGAGAAUUGGGAGAUUAAGAAGCCCAAGCACUCGUGUAUUUUUUCCAAGCAGUGUUGGGUUUCUUGUUCAUAGCCCCCUGCCUUUUUUCCCUCCAACUCCGAGCCACUGGAUAUUUUUAUACUAUAUUUGCUAACUGUUAUUCUCUGUUACUGCACACAACCCUAGCUAGCCAUGGACGUCGUAAUGGAGUACCUGGACACGUAUGUGUUCGACAGCGUAUACAACAAGGCCGCCGACCUGACCUCGACAGAGCCGCUGCCGCGCAACAGCGUCAUGCGGCAGUCGAUAUCGCUGUUUGUGUUCAUCUACGCGUACAUUGUUCUAUUCUACUUUGGCACAGCGGGACUGUCCAAGGAGCAGCACCCAAAGUACCUCAAGGGGCAGCGGUUCCUGGAGAUGGCGUGUGCGUCGCGCGCGCUGCCGCAGAUCACGGUGCUGACGAUUCCGUGGAUUCUGGGCGAGCUGCACGGGUACUCGCUGGUCUACAAGGAGUGGGACAAGUACGGCUACCCGUACCUGGUCCUGUCGGGGGUGAUGUUUAUUCUGUUCACAGACUUUUGCAUCUACUGGGUGCAUCGGCUGGAGCACCACCCAAAGGUCUACGCGCAGUGCCAUAAGCUGCACCACAAGUGGAUCGUGUGCACGCCGUUUGCGUCGCACGCCUUCCACCCGAUCGACGGCUACCUGCAGUCGCUGCCGUACCAUAUGGCGGUGUAUGUGUUUCCGAUGCACGAGUACGUGUAUCUGAUGCUGUUUGCCUUUGUCAAUGUGUGGAGCGUCAUGAUCCACGACGGCGAGUACGUGUCGAACAACCCGGUCGUGAAUGGCGCUGCCCACCAUACCGUGCACCACCUGUACUUCAACUACAACUACGGGCAGUUCACAACCCUGUUUGACCGCGUGUUUGGAUCGUACCGGAAACCGACCGCCGAAAUCUACGACCGGUCGAAGCGCAACUCCAAGUCCGUGCAGAACAAGCAGGCCCACGAGAUCGACGACAAGAUCCCGACGCUUGAGGCCAAGAAAUCCCAGUAAUCUGCCUUUCCCCUUUGCUUUCCCUUUUUCUUUUCUAACCUCCCAUUUAUUAAUCCGAAUUCGCUAUCAUAUUGAA